AUGGCAACCACCGCAGAGCAGGACCGCACCUACAUCAUGGAAGAGCGCACCAGUUCAUUUGUCGAGUUGAAGAACGAUACCCCCAAGAGCAAGGCCGGCCCGCGCCAGUCGAACCACAGCCGCAUGUCCCGCAGCAGGCAGAGCGCCAGCAUGAGCCAAAGGCAGAGCCACGCCCGCAGCCGCGUGCACUCGCACAGCAGCAAGCCCUACACCGACGAGGACGCCAACGAGGUGAUCCUGCGCGCGAAUGCGCCGCCUAAUUACACGGGUGGCUUUAAGGACAUCAUGAAGCAGAUCAAGGCCAAGAGCUACUACACGCAGCAGUUCCAGCGCAUCCAGCAGCAGACCAACAUGGGCCGCUCGCUCUUCUUCUCGAACGUGGCCCCCACGUUCUACGAGGCCAACUACCUGGCCAUCGCCCAGGAGACGUCUGUGAACCGGGUGCGGGCCUGCUUCGGCAUCGGCUUCGUGGGGCUCUUGGCGCUCUACAUGAACGAGUGGCGCUCCAACAAGUGGAACUACUCGGCCACCAACGGCCGCUCGGACGCGGACGAAACGACCAUCAUGAUCAUGACCUUCGGCAUCAUGUUGCCGGCCCUGGUGAUCGGCAUCCUGGCCACGUUCACGAGCCUCGGCCGCAAGUACCUGGAGAACAUCACGGCCGUCGUGUUCGUGGUGGUGGCCACCAUGAUGAUCGCCAAGAAGCCCGUGGAGAAGGCCAAGGGCCCCGUCAUCCCGCUGCUGAUUCUGCUCAUCCCGAUCUUCGGCAUCACGCGCAUGCGCUUCGUCAAGUCGUGCUGCAUCGGUUGGAGCAUCUUCCUCGGCUACGGCAUCGUCAUGGCCAGCGUGCGCACCCACCUGCCGGUCCCGAGCAGCUUCGACUCGUACACGGAUAUCUCGUACCAGGCCAUUAACUACGGCAUCACGGCCAUCGGCGGUAUGGUGUCGCAGUACCGUCAGGAGCUGCUGAGGCGCCGCAACUUCUGUCUGCAGUUGCCCUUCUCCGGUACGAUGGACGCCGACGCCGUGGCCGAGAUCAAGACCGACAAGUUCAGUAAGAAGACGCUCAUGCACCGCUGGUCGCUCAAGUUCCGCCACCCGGAGGUGGAGGAGUGCUUCUACCGCUACUGGUACCUCAUUGACCCCUUCCCGUACGAAAACCCUAACUCGGGCUCGCUGCACCAGGGCGUGUUCCGCACGAUCCGCUUCGCCAUCUGGACGCUGCUGCUGAACCAGCUCGUGCUGCUGCUGCAGGACAUCAAGUUCCUCAAGGUCAAGAAGGACGGCCUCGUCGAUGACAGCGACCUAACGUACGCGCUCGUGCUGCGCUUCGGCGUGACGGUGCCGCUCUACUUCUCGGCCGCGCUGUUCAUGUACUUCAUGGGCAAGGCGUUCUACGCGCGUUGGGUAAAGGAGGCGGAAGACGCCAAGAACGCCGCGCUCACGAGGGACUCGAUGGUCUCCGUCGGUCUGGUGGUCGAGGCGGCGCAGAUCAAGUACGCGACCAAGGACCGCGUCCUCGACGUUCUUAUCAACAAGGGCGGCUACGUGCGCUCCACGCAGGUGUUCUCGUCUGUGGUCAUUGCGUGCCACGUGUGCUGCAUGGGUAUUCUGCUGCUGGCCGUGUCUACGGGUCCCAACGUCGACGCGUACGAGAAAUCGCACAACACCGCGCCGGGCCAGCCCAAGCCCGUGUACUACAUGGGUUUCCUGAACGCUGUGCUGUUCGCCCACCGCUCCGGAUUCCGCGUGCGCUUCAUCUACGCGACGUACACGACGUUCGUUGUGGCUCUUGGUAUCAUCAUCGCUGCCAGCAGCAUGUCGCCCGACUACUACCAGCAGUACGCCGGCUACGUCUGCGUGAUCUUCCUCAUGGGCAUGAUGAUCUCGCACGAGGAGGAGAGUCUGCGCCGCACCUUCUUCGUGCUCAAGUCGAUCCGCACGCUCGAGUUCGAGGAGUGGUUCAGCGUCGUGCUGCGGAUCCAGGGCUGGGUCAAGGAGCGGUUCCGCAAGAAGCUGCGCGAGGUGCGCUCCAAGGGCAGCAAGGACAUGGACGAGAAGGUGGAGCCCUCGGCACCGCUCAUCAACACGUCGGCGCAGAUGGCCAUGGCCUCCAAGCUCGGCAUGUACUCGCAGAUGUUCAACAUCCUCAUCGCCGUUGUAGAUGUCAUCACCAGCAGCCUGUAA